AUGAUCCCCAAACCAGUCAAGUUGGGGUCUGGAGAGCCAAUCAAACUGGUGGUUGGAACCAAAAACCCAUUUCGGCCUUGCGCAAACCAAGCCUCCAGCCGUUUGCCCAAAGCCGAAAUUGGUUGUUGCGCAAAGGCCUCUUUUGGGAGUCAUUCUGGCGAGGUCACCUCCAAAGAGCCUCCAAUUUCCGAUUUUGCCAUCCUACCGGAGUUGUUGAAACUGGGCCUUAUCAUGGCAGAGCCCAUCAUGCAACAACUUUUUGGUGUACUGGCUAGAGCUGUUGAUGACGCCAAUCACGUAGAGCCUGCCGAAGUCUUCUUGGGACAAUUUCGGGUUGUGCUGGACAACGGAUCGAUUCCAUGGCACUAUGAAUCUGAUUUCACGUACUCAAUUCCUUCCGACUUUUCAAUGGCAAACGCUGAAGCACUCAGCUUGAUUCUGGAAAAGCUUCAAUACAGCUUCUGCGUGGAAUGGAACUUGGAUAGUGGAGCAUUUGACAACUUCAACCAGGGGGCAUUCUUCCAUUUGAUUUCCUCCAUGGCCAAGUCAGGCAUUCACAAGGCAUCCAUUGAAGUAGAGCAGGCACCUCGCAGCUGCGAUGGUGUAAUCAUGGAUGGCCUUCGGAAACUUAUCCAAGAGAAUGCGGCGACAAAGGUGCUUCAAGUAACUGGAUUGGAUUGGGGCCCUGUUCCAGAAGAGGAAAUUCCCAACUUCAUGCCAACGCAUCUUGCAUACCUACGCCACAUCGUUUCGUCGGUUGAACAGUACGACAACAACAUACUGGAAGAGCUGCGUAUGGAUGGCUUUGUCGUUCGCACGUCAUGUGAAGAAUUUUGCCGUCUUUUGUCCUGUGGACUGUGGACCACAAACUAUCAGUAUAGAUGGGGGGUGGAUUGA